GAAUACGUUCUUCUGUCUUGUCAGAAGAUUUCUCACAAUCUUCCCGGCCUCGGUGUGCCCAUCCACAUAAACCCGAAAACUCGUCAUUACCGCUUUUCGCGAAGGCUGGCUAGAAAAGCGACAUCGUCUUUAAAAUCGAAGGGAACAAAUGCUCCAUUGACAGUUGGUAAUAAAGUGGCAUCAGGUCCACAACAUCGCUUAUCUAGCCAGUCCUAUUCAGAAGUGUCUAUAGAGGCAUUAAGUGAAGAGUCUGAUGAUGGAGAGAUUGAGCUUGAAGAAGAAAGCGAAAGUGAUGAGUUCUCGCUAAAAACGGCAGGGCAGAUAACUGGCGGCGGAUUCGCUGACAAGCCAGGCAAGAACGCCGAUCCUUAUCAUACAUGCUAUGCUUUAAGCGGCCUUAGCAUUGCACAGCGUUCUCCCAGAUUCACGACUAUCCUGUCUCCUAGUUCGUCCGGACCUGUCGGCCUUACCAGCGACAAUCAGUCAGAUCAGAUAAAAGAGCGUGCCAGAGAUGCGGCCGAUUUAGUAGGGCCCCAAACUUCGGCACUUCGAAUGCCUUUGGUAUCAGUUUGUCUCUCGCGUCUCGGCUCGGCUGUACAAGUACCGUUUGCUGAAGUUGCCGGAGACCUGUCAACUAACUUGCUAACUGAUAUCGAUCCUCUGCACAAUAUCACACAAGAUGGAUUCGCUUUCACUUUGGCCUACUUUUCCCCUUCUCAAGCACACCCUAUUUGUUGGGGUGACGAAACUGUAAUUGAUGCAACCGGUGUCUAA